UUGCGCCCCAUCAUUAGUCAACCUAACCCGCUCUCGACGACUUGCGCGAUCCAGCUUCUGAUACGCGACAUCCGCACAUAGCCUUGUUCACUUCCAUAUCAAAACUGCAGCAAUGCCGCCUGCUAUAAGUGACGACGAGGCAUCAGAUGCCGCCGACUUUAAUGCUCCCGUUUCUACCAAACGCGCCAGUGCAGCCGACGCUCAGGCUGCUCUGCAAGAUGAAGAUGAAGAUGAAGAUGACGACGUUGAUAACGAGAUGCUUGACGUCGUCGGAGAUGACGAUGCAAAAGAAGCCCAAGACGAAGGGGGCGAGGGUGACGAAGACUUAGAAGAAGAUGAGUAUAUCGUGGAGAAGAUUGUCGCCCACAUGAUAGAAGCUGAUGGAAGCCUAAAAUACAAGGUCAAAUGGGAAGGUUACGAUAAGAAGUCGGAUCAGACUUGGGAAGAAGAGGACAAUCUGAGACAAAAUGCAGCAGAUGUUCUCGACGAGUAUCUAGCGAGCGUCGGCGGCCGCGAUACCAUCCUAGACGAGGCACAGACGGCGCUGAAGACCAAGAAGCGUGGCCGACCUUCGUCGGGCACUCCUGUUAACGGCUCAAAGCGACGUCGUAACGAGAGUCAUCCAGCGUCAGCAUCCCCGCCAGCUAGUGCACGUGCCUGGAAGCCGCCGCAGGGCUCGUGGGAAGACGCCGUGGAGUCCAUCGACGCUUGCCAUGACGAGAAUACAGGCAAGCUCAUUGUAUACCUCACCUGGAAGACAGGACAGAAGACACAGCACGACACCAAGGUUAUCUAUGCUCGGUGCCCUCAGAAGAUGCUACAAUUCUACGAAAGACACGUCAAGAUUGUUGCCACGGGUAGCGAUACUGCUAAGGACGAAUAAUCGGAAGCCGAGAGAAAGAUUCAGAGCUGAUGCUACGGCAACGGGCUUUG